UCUCAAACCUACAUAUUCCUCCUCUUAUUAGACUUACGAACAUCCUCUUAACCUCCUCUUACCUUCCUCUUAACCAUGGCCCAAGAGUCCUGCCCAUGUGCAACCAACCCCUCGGUACUAUAUAACGUGUGCAUCUCCCUGAACUUACACAGGGAUACGCACACAGACACGCACACACACGCACAUAGCCCAGUCAUAACCACGCCCCCCACACGCCACAAAACGGUCAUAAGAGUAGGCGAUAAAGAGGAAGAGGAGGAGGAGAGAAGGAAUGAAGAGGUGGUGCUUAAGAGGAGAGAAGAAGAGGAGGAGGUGAGGAUUAACGGGAGGAAAGUGAGUCAAGAGGAAGAGGGACAUGGAUGGAGGAGAAGAGAAGAACAAGAGGAAGAGGAGAACAAGUGGAGGAGAAAAGAAGAGGAGGAAGUGGAGAUAAGAUACACGAGAAACGAAGAAGAGGAGGAAGAAAGUGAAAGAUGGAAUAGAAGAAGAAAGGAAGAGGAAGGAGAGGAGAAGAAAGAAGAGGAGGAGAAAGAUGGGAGAAAAAGAGGAAGUUAUGUCAUACCAAACCAUUACUACAACAACAAUGAAGACAACAACAGCAGCUCCUACAUCAACAAUAACAGCUCCAACAUCAACAACAACAACAACAGCGAGAAGAAGAAGAAGGGAAGAAGAUACAGCACUUUAAUCAGCAUCAACGCGGACGCAGACAUCAUCGAGGAAAAAGAAGAAGAGGAGGAGGAAGAGGAAGAAAGAGGAGAUCAAGAGGAAGAGGAAGAUGAUUCGAACCUCUUCCGCAAAGUCAGCAAUACAAGUGACUACUCUUUUACCUCCGAUGUCUCCUUCUCCUCUUCCUCUUCCUCUUCUUCCUCUUUCUUCAUCUCUCCUCCUCCUCCCCGCCCUCGCAUCUCCCUCACGCAAGAUUCUGAUUACUACGGGUCGGAAGAAGAGGAAGAGGAGGAUGAAGAAGAAGAAGAGGAAGAGGAGGAGGAAGAAGAGGAGAGGGACUGGGUUACACCUUUGCAUAAGACUUCAAAGGAAUAUGACUUGGAGCAGAGAAUCGCGCUGGAAAUCAAAAUGCGAGAGGGUACGACCAAGCUGCUGGCGGCCUGCGGGGGGGGACAUGGGGGCACGGCGGGUCGCGGAGGGGGCGGGAGUGCCACCAACCUACCGCACACCCUCGAGGCAGCCAAGAACCUCCUGACCUCCAAUGAGCGUAUGACGGCCUACAUGGCGGAGCUACAGAGGCGCAGGACCUCGGCGGCGGGGCGGGGCAUUGACAGCGGGUGCCAGCCGUCCCUAGCGCGGGUGUGCCUGUCGGACCUGCGCAUGCCCCUCAUCUGGAAGGACAGCGAUCACUUCAAGAACAGAGGAGACUAUCGCAGGUUCGCGGUUUUCGUCCUCCUGAAGAUCGGCACGGAGAUCUACGACACGGUGAUGGUGAACCCGGUGGACCGCUCCAUGACGGACAUCUGCUUCGACGACAUCAUUGUGUUCAAUAACAUUCAGCAUGACUUUGAGUGUCGGCUGGAGGUGUACAGCCAUGUCCUGCAGAAUGACCUGAGCAUGGCCAGCACGCCCCGCAAGCUCAAACGCUCCCUCCACUCCUCCAUCUCCCGCACCGUCGGCAGGAAGCUCGCCGCCACGCUGAGGGAUGAGCUGGCCUCGGGGGAGAUGGGCCCCAAGUUUGACCUUGUCGCGACCUCCACGCUGACCCUGGAGAGUGUGUCCAACAACACUGCCACCUUCGACCUCACCAUGGAGAAUGUUGAGAACCAGGCCAGUCAGCUCCCUCUCUUCGGCCACUUCUGCUGUCGCCUUGCCGCCCAGCCAGACUGUGCCACACAAGAGCGCAUAUCAGGCCUCGCAGCAGUCAAGGAGGAGUCCCAGCAGCCUCAGUGGUGGUGCCGUGUGCAGGGCUGGCAGGUGGAGGUGUGGCCCACUAAGGAGGAGGCGCAGCUGUCCCUCCACCACCCUCGCUCCCUCACUGUGGAUAGGCAUACAGAGAUCAGCCAGGACGGGCCACAGCUGACCAUCACCAACUCCAGCGGGUACGCGCGGGGAAGCCUCACGCUGACCCUGGAGAGCGGCGACGAGGCUAAGGGGUGGGCGGCGUGUCUGCGGCAGCACGUCACCGACCAUCGACUCUGGGGGGCGGCGGCGGAGGGUGACAUGGAGAUCCUCACCCCCCAGCCCGCCCGACACAGCUUCCUCCUCCCACCGCGACGCAGCAGGUUCGCCUCGCUCUAUGAGGAGACACCGCUCAGAGACGGCUCCCCAGUCUCAGACAAAUCUUCCCUGGACGACAUCUACACCUCAUCCGGGUUCGUGGGCUCGUAUUGCACACCAGCCUCCUCCGCCCUGCCGCCCCGCCCCAGGACCCUCACCCUCUCCUCCCGCGGCUCCUUCCGGCGGUGGGGCUCUGUGCGGUGUAACAUGCCCUUCUUUAAGAGUAAGAGUUAGUCUGGAGGCAUAACUGUAGUGGGUAGGGAGGAACGUAGGGGUGUAGGGGUAGAGUAAGAGUGUGUAAGUGUGUGUGUGUUGGGAGGAAAGUGUGUAUACCAGAGUUUAAGAUGAAGUUUGAAUGUGUAAGUAUGUGUGUGCGUGUGUUUGUAGGGAAGAAAAAGUUGUAUUACAGUAUUUACGAUGAAGUGUGUGUGUGUAUGAGUGUGUAUGUCUGUAUAUGGAUAGAAGAAAUGAUUAAUAUGUAUAUGUAAAGAUAGAUAGAGAGACUGGAUAUUUGUGUGUGUGUGUGUGUGUUUGUGGGCAGCUGAUAUUAUGUAUGUAGAGACAAGUUUGAAAGAUAAACGUUUAUAAAAAGGAGAGAAAGAACGAAGCAUGAAUGAAAUCAAAAGAGAGAGAAGGAGGGUAAGAAAGCAAAAAAUAAUUGUUUACUAUAUACACAUAGAAUGAGAGAUUAAAUUAGACAAGAUGUAUUCAUUCAGAAAUAAGGAGAGUGCACAAGAGAGAGAAGCCUGUGAGUGUAAGAUAUAAAAAAAAAGUUCAUAUAGCAUUUUAGGAGAUAGUUUUCUAAAAAAUUAUAUUAACACAAAAAUAUUUAAAGGGACCAAGAGUAAAAAAAAAAUUUGUAAAUGUAUGUGACGAAAGAUGUGAAAGAAAGUCCUGAAUAAUUAGUGUAGAAAUGAAGUAGAAAUUAGCAUUGUUUUCUUGUGAGCCAAAUUGAUAACAAGAAGAAAAGUAAGAGUUUAAAAGGAGAGAUUAGCAGAUAAGGAAGGAAGUUAAGAGAUAAGAAGAUGCAAUAGAUGAAGCAAAGAGGAAAUGAUGAUAGACUUAAGAGUAGUUUAAAGAAGAGAUAAAGAGGAUCAAGAGGCAAAAGAAUCCAAGAGUUUGUUAAAGAGAAUUUGAUAAGGUUUUGAAUACCACUUGUUUUUAAUUCUUUUCAUCAUUCAAAAAGUAAAAAAAAUAAUAAUAAUGAUCGAAAAGUUUGUGAAGGGAAUUUAUAAGUUUAUGAAUACCUCUUGUUUAUUUAUGUACUUUUUUUACAUUAUUUUCGUCUUUCUUCAUCAUUUCCUUGUGUCUCGUGUAUUGAUAUAGUUCCGUGUUGAGUUGUUUUUCUUGUGUUGUGUUUCUAUGUUGGUUUUGUGUUGAAAGAUUUGUGGGUUUAUGGGUGGUGGGGAAAAAGAGAAAGAGGAGGAGGAAAAAGAAGAGGAAGAGGAGGAGGA